AUGCCAGAGAAGCAAAUUCUUAACAAAGGACCCGCAGUUAUCCAAUGGGUGUCAUCAAAAAGCGGUGCAUCCCCAAGACGAGACUAUAUCCCAAACAGAAUUCGAAUGGGAAACGGAGUUGAACUUCCUUUUAUUGGACUUGGAACGAGUAGCGUGGAGAAUUCUAACGAAGCAACAGAAUAUUCCAUUCGAACAGCUCUGGAUCUUGGGUACACUCACAUUGACGUGACGCCGGGAACUCAUAAGAUAGUUGGAGAUGUACUCAAAGAAUACAUGGAUUCCGGAAAAUUGACUCGCCAAGAUUUUUUUAUUACAACUAAACUUCCAUGCAUCAGUCACAGCCGUGCCAACGUUGCUACCGCAUUGAACAGCCAAUUGAAGUAUCUCCAAUUAGACUAUGUUGAUUUGUUUCUGGUUCAAAGUCCAUGUGGAAUUACGAUCCGCCAAACAGCACAAGGUCGAAAUAAAUUUGAACCAACGAAUUAUUCUCUUCCGGAAACUUGGAAAGGAAUGGAAGAUGUAGAAGUUCAUCUUCACUGGCCUCAGAAAGAUUUAGUUGUUCUCUGUCAAUCUCUCAACGUAUCUCUCACUGCGUAUGCCCCACUUGGAAGUCCUGGACUGCAACAAACAAUUGAUCAACGAGGAGACACUUCUCCUCUGGACGAACCAUUGGUUAUUUAUCUCGCCCAAAAGUACAAAAAGUCGCCUGCCCAAAUUCUAUUGAAACAAUUGACGCAAAGAAACAUAGUUGUAAUCCCAAGAAGUGUCAAUGCUCAACACUUGAGAGAAAACUUGGAUAGUUUGAAUUUCACAAUCAGUGACAACGAUAUGGAAGCACUGGCAAACGUGAGGUCUCGUGGCCGAAUCUACACUUAUACGUCAAGACGUAACCAUCCAGAAUACCCGUUCAAUGAGAACGAUGACGAGUAG